GAGGGGCGGAGCGGAGAGGAGAGGAGAGGAGGGGAGAGGAAGCCGCUGGGCCUCCGGCCGAGGUGAUUGAGGCGGCCACGGGCACGAAAUGCAAGUCUAGAGAGAAAAAACAAGUCCUUCCCACACGAUGAUGCCUGCUCCAUUUCGAGAUUAAUGGUUGCCAUAAGAGCUUUCUUUUUAUUACUUUGAUAUCAGACAUUAAAAGUGAUGGCAACAGAAUUUAUAAAAGGCUGUUGCAGAGGAUGUUUCUAUGGUGAGACGGAAGACAACAAUUCGUCCAUGGAAAGAGACUCUAAAACAGUAGCCAAAAGUGAACCAAACACAACGUGUCUACCUCCAUUGUCUUCUAUGUCAGUGAAGUGUCAAGUUGCCUGUUCAGAGGAUUAUCUCCUUUCCAAAUUGCCAUCUGAUGGCAAAGAAGUGCCUUUUGUGGUUCCCAACCUUAAACUAGCUUAUGUACAGCCCCAGCCUCAAGAAACCACGUCACACCCAGAGGAACUUCAAGGUUCUAUCAGAGCGUCUUUUGAAGACAGAAAGACAGAACUUUCCAGUUUAUCUCUGCAUGGCUUCAACUAUGAUGUGGUGUAUAACCCAGUCUACAUGCAUCAGCAUAUUUCGCCUGACCUGAUUAGGCGUUUCCCUCCUAAUUCAGAAACUAUGAGGCUAUAUGGAUCAGUUUGUGACUUAAGGAGCCCCAAAAUGCGUCCUUCUUCAGGGCUGAGCAAUUCUAUGUUUGAACUCACAGGUUCACCUCAGCAGUUCUUGAAGAGUUAUGAUUCAUUGUCCAGUGUACCCAGCAGUUCCUCAUCGAGGAAGAAUUCACAAGGGAGUUCUCGGAGCCUAGAUACAAUUACAUUAUCAGGGGAUGAAAGAGAUUUUGGAAGAUUGAAUGUAAAGUUAUCUUACUGUUCUUCAGUAGAACAAAUUUGGAUCACACUUUUACAGUGCAGAGAUCUGAAUUGGCCUUCUAGUUGUGGAGAGAAUCCUACUGUCUCUAUAAAAGGGAUCUUAACUCUUCCUAAACCAGUACAGUUUAAGUCUUCAGCCAAAGACGGAUCCAAUCAUAUUGAAUUUAUGGAAACCUUUGUAUUUGCAAUCAAGCUCCAAAAUCUACAAACAGUAAGGCUAGUGUUUAAAAUCCAAACCCGGACUCCCAGAAAGAAGACUAUUGGAGAAUGCUCUCUGUCCCUCAGAGAGCUCAGCACCCAGGAAAAGGAUUACUGGCUGGAUGUAACACCACCUUCAAAAGUUUCAGUGUGUCAUGCAGAACUUAAAGUAGGAACUUGUUUCCAAGCAAUAAACAGCAGAAUUCAGUUACAAAUUCUUGAGGCACAACAUCUCCCAAGCUUGCCAAAACCUCUUACUUUGAAUUUCUUUGUGAAGGUGGCAAUGUUUGGCUCAGGAGAGUUGAUUUACAAGAAAAAAACUCGUCUACUGAAGUCCACUAAUGGAAGCGUGAAAUGGGGAGAAACCAUGGUUUUUCCUGUAACACAAAAUGAAAAACGAAUUAAUUUUCUUUUAAAGCUCUAUGGCAAGAGUUCAGUAAGGAGGAAACACUUCGUGGGACAGAUUUGGAUAAGUGAUGAAAGUAACAGUGUCGAAGCCGCAGACCAGUGGAAAGAAACCAUCACAAAUCCAGAAAAGGUUGUCAUUAAGUGGCACAAGUUAAAUCCAUCUUGAAGACAUUAGGGAUUCACUUCAUCAUGAACUUUGGAUCCCUAUAGAAGACUUUAUGCAUUUUAAUAUAAGACCAGUAAGGGCCAGGGAAAAUCAGUGGUGCUUUUUAGGUGGCCAAUAAUUGUCACAUGUAGUGAGUAUGAAAAACAAUAUGAUUGUUUCCAGAAAACAAAAAGGAGGAUACUCUUUCAGAGUUGAAAUGUUACAGAACCAUUAGAUAAUAAAAUUACCUAGUAACAUGAAUCCCAAAUCAUGUAGAACACUGAACACAGUUAUGGCUGCAGUUGGUUUGUGGUUUUUAUGAAGCUUUAAUCACAUUUUCAAAGUCUCACAUUAGAAUCUGAUAGUACUGCUAAGAGUUGGAAGACUUUUGCUGCUGAAUAGUUUAGUGAUCGUAAUCAUUUGGCCCUGUCUUGGCAUCAUUGAAUAUCUCCAGCCACAUUUUUUUUCUUCAAAUGGUUUGAAUUCAUCAAAACACCAAAUGUGUUUAGCUAAGUACUUUCCUCCUUCAUUUUUCAAGUACUGUGUAUUUAAAGGAAAUGUGAUCCAUAUGUUUUUAUUCAUUUACUCACAACUCAUCAAAUUGCUUCUCUGCAAGAGUUAUUUGAUAGUCAAUCUUAAUGAACCUUUUAGAGCCCUUUUCCCCCUAGAAACAGGAAGCUGUGUUUUGCCUAAAAUAAACUAAGUUGAUCCCCA